AUGCAUUCUCUUCUUCUUUGCUCGUCCCUGGUCGGACUUGCUUCUGCAGCAGAGCUCGAAAAGCGCCAUGGAGGAGGGGGCUGGGCGUUUUAUGAGAUGCUCAACGAUGAUCUCGCUCGUCUCACUCUGCUGGUUCUUGGCCUAAUGGCUGCCUUCAUUUAUGUCUGGAAGAUGUGGCAUCGUCUUGCCAGUCAUAUGAGGCGACUGGCAAGUUUCAACAAUGAACGCCAGCGGUAUUUCGUUCACCCCGACAGCAUGCUCGCGAAAAUCAACAACCAUAUCAUCUAUGCCCCGUUGUUCCGUACCCGCCACAACCGCGAGUUUCAGCUCUCCCGAGCUGUCAACAUGGGCACGCUGCCCAGUCGGUUCCAUUCCUUCAUCCUGGUGGGCAUCAUCGUCAUGAACAUCGUCCUUUGCGUUGUUACAGUACCCUAUGGGUCCGAGGAGUCCACGGUUGCGGGCCUGAUCCGCAACCGCACCGGAACCAUGGCCACAGUGAACCUUAUCCCGGUGGUGCUCAUGGCCGGCAGGAACAAUCCCCUGAUCACCCUGCUUCAGGUGCCGUUUGACACCUUCAAUUUGAUUCACCGCUGGCUCGCUCGCAUUGUCGUCUUGGAGACGAUCGCCCAUGUGUUCGCUUGGGCGGUUCCCAAGGCCCAGGAAGCCGGUUGGGAUAUCGUUGGGAUGGUUUUUGGAGAGAGCAGCUUCAUGCUGAGUGGAUUGAUCGUAAGCAUUCAUGGAAAAUCACGCUUGAAUUUGGCUAACUUGACUAACUACCUUCUCGCCGCCAUCAUCCUCUGGGCUCUCGAGCGAGCCGCUCGCAUCCUCAUCAUCGUGUACCGUAACUGCGGAAGGGAGUCCACGACAGCGCAGGUCGAGGCCCUGCCGGGCGAUGCCCUGCGAAUCACCCUGAAGAUGGCACGGCCCUGGACCUUCAAGCCCGGCCAACACAUCUACCUGUAUAUCCCAUCCAUUGGUUUCUGGAUGAGCCACCCCUUCUCCGUCGGGUGGAGCGAAGCCGAGGAAUUCCCCGCAAGCGAAAAGGGUAUCCCUAUGACCCAGCAAGACCUUGCGGGCCUCCAGAAGACAACCAUUUCCUUGCUGAUCCGUCGCCGCACUGGCUUUACCGAUAAAUUGUUCCAGCGUGCUCAGAGCUCCGCCGGUGGACGGGUAACCUUGCGAGCGUUCGCAGAAGGCCCGUAUGGUAGCAUUCAUACCAUGGACUCUUAUGGCACGGUCAUGCUCUUUGCAGGCGGUGUCGGCAUCACACAUCAAGUACCAUUUGUGCGGCAUCUCGUCCAGGGCUUUGCCGAAGGGACCGUGGCGGCCCGUCGCGUUACCUUGGUCUGGAUCAUCCAGUCCCCCGAACAUCUCGAGUGGAUCCGGCCCUGGAUGACUAGCAUUCUGGCGAUGGACCGCCGUCGUGAGGUCCUCCGGAUCAUGCUGUUCAUCACGCGCCCGCGCAACACCAAGGAAAUCCAGAGUCCCAGCGCUACCGUUCAAAUGUUCCCGGGUCGCCCUAAUGUUGACACCCUGAUCAACAUGGAGGUCGAGAACCAGGUCGGAGCAAUGGGAGUGCUG